AUGUUAUGGGUACAGUGUGCGGUAUGGGACCGGGGUCUGAAGGGACCUGUGGGGUCCACGGGGUCUACGGGGACCACACGGUUCCGUAACGAGCCCGUCCACGCUCGUUAUCGCCAGGGCGCUCCCGACGGUCAAAUUGGUAUAUUUAUUGGAGUACUAAGCAGGCUUAGUGCUCACUCAGUGCCUGCAGUGAAGACGCACCUUAAAGGCAAGUCACAGUGGCGGUUCCGUGCGGGCCGCGGGCUCCACUAA